UGUUUUGCUCGUAUGUUUCGCUUUUAGUUUAAUUAAAUCCGUAUCAGAGGAGAAGAACAAUAUUACAAAUUCGUGAAAAUUUGAUAGAAAUUUUCAAUUUAAUUUGCGUACAAAUCGAAAUAGUAACGGAAGCAGCUCCACACAAAAUAAUACAAAAUGCGCCGUCGUGCCGGAGUCGGGGCCAUCCAAAAGCAGAAGCUCGAGGCGGAGAAGUAUCGCGACAAGGGCACGGAACUGCAGGAUUCUCAAUUCGAGCAGAUGGUGAAACAGAUGGACGUCCUGAAGGAGAACCUGGAGGAAUUUGCUGCGAAGCACAAGGUGGAGAUAAAGAAGAAUCCACAGUUCAGGCGACAGUUCCAGGAGAUGUGCGCUGCUAUUGGGGUGGACCCGUUGGCCUCCGGGAAAGGCUUCUGGAGUGUUUUGGGAAUGGGCGAUUUCUAUUACGAGCUAGCGGUUCAGGUGGUGGAAGUUUGCUUGGCGGCGAACCAUAGUACAGGAGGCCUUAUGGAAUUGAAUGAACUGCGGAAUCGAUUGGUGGCGGCGCGAGGGCGCAAGCAAAUCCACCAGGAAAUCGUGAACGAAGACAUCGUGAUGGCCGCAAGAAAGCUGAAGAUAUUUGGCAACGGUUUCACGGUGUUUCCCGUAGGGGACGGACGAUACAUGGUUCAGUCGAUCCCCGGAGAGUUGAGUCUGCAGGAAACGUCGGUCUUGAGUGCAGCUGCCAAUCAGGGUCAGGGAUACGUCACUAUCUCGAUGCUGAUGGACAAUUUGGGAUGGACUGAAUUCCGAGCUCGGCAAGCCAUUGAAAAGAUUCUGUCCGAUGGUUUGGCUUGGGUGGACAAUCAAGGGGGAGAGGUGUCCUAUUGGUUUCCUAGUUUGUUUCCUGGUCGUGUUGGUUCGAAAUCGUGAUAUAUAUUAACGUAGAAAAAAUCCUAUCAAGUGUGUUAUAAUAUUGUAUGCCCAGUCACUGUAGUCAACUAUCCAUUUUGAGUCUAUAGUACGACAAGAUAUGAAGAAUGA